AUGGCGGCCGCCGAGCAGAACGGCAUCGACAUCCUCUGCGAUGCCGCCGGCUCGGAUAUGCUGCUUUCAUCAUUAUUUGCCCUAGCAGCACCGGGACAUGAUCAGCAGCGAGCACAACCGCAGGAUCAGCACGAAUUACAGCACUCGCUGCCGACAGCCUCACCUUCGAAGCAACCCCACCAACAGCAGGUCUAUCACCAACAGCUAGACUCUGCGCUGCAGCCGUCGCAGCAAGAAACUCCACGGAAGACCACGUCGUCUUUACCAUCGAAGCGCAAGUUGUCCGACGCGUCCGCCUCGUCGCCGUCCCACGUAUGCCACAUCUGCCGACGCGUCUACGAGCGAGCCGACCACUUGACGAGGCACCUGAGGUCGCACGAGAACGCCCGACCGUACCAAUGCUCCCGAUGCCCUAAGCGCUUCAACCGCGCCGACCUUUUGACGCGGCACGAGACCACGCACGACCGAGAUGGCGCUGCAAAAGACCGCCCGUUUAUCCGAAGAAACGAUCGCGCUGCCGAAGCUUGUCUGAACUGCGCCGCCUCCAAGGCCAAGUGCGAAGACCAAAAGCCAUGUAGUCGCUGUCGCAACAAGAGCCUAACAUGUCAAAUGCCGGCGAGGCGUGGGAAUCAAUAUAGAACUUCGGAGUCACAAGCAGGAGUUUCCCCUUCUGAUAGUUCAAUGGUGGCUUCGACCACAGGCAAUGACAACCAGGUUUUCACGGCAGGCGAUGCCGCCUAUGCGCUGUCACAAUCAGCUGUCGCACACCAAGUCCAAUCGAUCGAUAAUACUGCUGGAUAUGCUGGUUCAUCCUUCCUCGGUGCGCCAAGUGUGGAAGCUACGCCUGAUGAGACCCUGUACUUUGCAGUGCCGCGGAAACUGCUUCCUGAUAUCGAACUCUCCUGGGACAUGGACUUUGGCGGCUUCACUGUUCCAACAUCAGAUGUGAAUGGACCAAGCCCUCGGUUGGGAAAUGGGACAAAGCGUUCAUCUCGUCAACCUCGAAGAGACAUGGCUCAGGAAGACGCGGCUCUCCAGCGUUCAGCUUGGGUGGCUGAUCCAGACAUCAAUGGCCAUGCAGACGCCUCGGCCUUUACUUUGAGAAAAGUGUCGUCAGUUGUUCGUGACGGCCUCUUCGCCAUGGUUCUCGCCGAUAUCUCGAACUCGCGGCAGAUUCCAACAUUUCCCUCGGCCGAAACCUUGAGCUACCUGACUGAAACGUUCUUUACCCAGCAAGACCAGAAACGGGAUGCCUUCAUUCACAAGGCUUCUUUUGAUACUUCUACAGCUACCUUGGAACUCACCUCUGCUAUCGUCUCGAGUGGAGCUACAUCUGCGCCAACAACCUGGCAAUUCGGCCUUGCUCUUAACGAGGUCUUGAGAACUCUCCUCAACAGUCUUCUGGAAUCCUUUGAUUCGACAACGAAACCCCUGAUGCUGCUCCAAGCGUCCAUGCUUCAUCUUGACAUUGGGCAGUGGUGUGGCUUUAAUCGUCAGAUGGAAAUGGCACAGACUUUUGCCCAGCAAGUGUUGACACUGGUGCGAGGAACUGGGAGGAUUUCUUUUUCGUCAGACUCGGCCCUCUAUAUCCCAAGUGCAGGAGACUCUCCUGGAGACUUGGAGUUGAAAUGGCAGCAAUUUGCUAUGAUUGAGUCCUACAAAAGGUUGAUGAUACGCCUGUUCAUUCAUGAUGCGCAAUCCUCAAUUGUUUCAUGGAGGAGUUCAAACAUGGCAUACAACGAACUCGACUUUACCCUACCGGCGGCGGCUGAUCUUUGGAGGGCCCCAAGCUCACAACAGUGGCGGGAGCUGCACUCGGUAAAGAGGUCCACAACUGUAGGCAUUCCGCGACUCCUGGAUGUGAGAGACUGCAUGUCCUUCAUCACCGAGCCCAACGACUGUGUCGAUAUCGAACUCUGUUGCAUGGCCGCUCUCUCGGGGAUGUGGGGCCAGAUUUGGAUCUAUCGCGAUGCUGUCACGUAUCACAGCAACCCGGAUCGACGCAGUACCGGCUCUCCAGCUUGGACUAAUGCUUUGUACGAAGAUCUGUAUAGCAGGCUGGUGAACUUCUCCAACCAAGCUCAGGGGCUGCAAACGUUCAGCCCGGAGCUCUUGCUGUUUUGUGAGCUCUUGAUGAUGGCACUCCAUGUCUCGUUUGACGAACUGCACCGACUCGCUGGCUACAACGGGGAGGGAGGGUCCCGGAGAGCGGCACAAACACUGGAGACCACCUGGUUUUCAGGACCAGAAGCUCGCCAUGCCGCAUGGCACGCUGGGCAGGUACUCCGCCAUGCACAGGAGUGUAAAGCAACAAGUCUGCAAGGGUUCAACUCAAUGGCUGUCUACUUUGCUGGCCUUACCCUGUGGGCGUACGGCAUCAUGUCAGCUCCGGGCUCAACAAACGGCCAAGGGAUUGCGGACGACCAUGUGCUACUCAAUGGACAAGAAACGAGGGAGUCGAGAGCGUUUCUCGAGCUCGGACAAGGCACACCAGCCUUGACGUUUCCAGCAGGCCUACGUCUCCAGACAGAGCCAUUGUUGAACAGCGAUGUCGCCCUGUCACAUGCUCGAAAUAUCUUGCGACAAAACUUCCCCGUUCUCAGCGAGCCGCUGCCCCAGUUGGUUGAGAGGCUGUGGCGUCGACUUGUAGAGCUGCAGUCGGGCCAGAACGGCCAGGCCAUGGCCAACACGGAUGGAACCGUGGCAGGAAAUGGUAGCCGUCAUGUUUGA